AUGGGUGACGAUUCUUGUGAUGAUGUUUCGGAUGGUCAAUCAAGUGGGAUUUUUGAAAAAAACCCUUCAAUUUUAACUAAAAGUGAGGGAGCAACAUCGGAGAAUACUGAAAGUACCCCCAAAAUUCAAUAUACACUCACACCUGAAGAAGCUCAACUUAAAGCAUUGGAAUUACAGAAAAAACUUAGAAAUGAACGAGAGAGAUGCGAAAAACGGAAUGAAUUGGAAAGGGAGAGAAAUAGAAUGGCGAUGGGCCAAGCCAUCCAACAGCAACGCGAGUUGUUUGCUGAACAGGAGAGGAAAAGACAGAUUGAAGAAACUUGUAAAAUGAAAAUGGAAUGGGAGAAAGAAAAACAGAUACAACUGGAUUUGUUGAAGAAGGAAUACAAGGAAAAAUUCGGAACGGACUAUAUUGAAGAGGAGGAUGUAGCGGAAGAAUUGAGCGAUAAUAAAAGAAGACAAAAACUUGCUUCAAUUUGUGGACGAAUAACAGUUAAAUAUAAGGAUUCCAAGGAUGUUCUAUGUUUAUGUAUCAAGAUCUUAAAACUAUACCUUUCAAACAUAAUAAAGUUUCCAUUAGAACAAAGGUAUAAGACAAUUAAAAAGUCAAAUGCUACCUUUUCCAAUAAAGUUAUCGGACCCAUACCUGAAAUUGCAGAGUUACUCGUUUAUUGUGGGUUUAAAGAAACAGAUACUGAAUUUAGGGUUGAAGGACAGGCCAAAAUUUACGUCAUGUCUUGUGCCAUAACUUAUCUUGACAUCAUUCUUAAACAAGAUUGA